GUUUGUAUUUUUGAGUUGGUUGUCUGAAAACUCAGAGGGAGUCUAAAGCAGCAGGUGGAACAGACAACAGGCCUGUUGGAGAAAUGUUGCAACAAGCGGCUGGAUUACGGAGGAUCGUUAGGCAGCUCUCCCGCGACACCUUGUGAAGAGGAGGAGGAGGAGCUGCUGCCAUUGUUGUCCUGGCUGAUGAUGUAAUGGUGAUGUAAUCUGCUGGCAAUCCUGCAGGUGUAAGGGAUCCAGCUGUGUGGUUCGGCUCCAGGUGAUCCCAAAAUGUUUUUUUUUCCCAAGAGUUUGUGGUAUAAGUGUUUUGAUCGUGUUGAUGAGCCUUUUUUAAAAGCAUGAAGAUGUUUGUUUGUGUGCAGCAUCACCAGCAGAGGGCGCUUUUCCCCUUCUGUGAACCUCAAUGAGAUCCGGUUGCUUUUUACUAAGAAAUAUUUAGGGAGGGAGGGAUACUUUUGGGAGUAUUUUUUUAUUUGAAAGGACUUGAUUUUGCUUUUUUUUACUCACUGAUGAAAAAAAAGCCGCUUCUAAAUUUUCAGCCUGGACUGACAAAAGCCUAAUUAAAAAUCCAUAAAAGAAGAUAAAAUGGUGUGAAAGGAGAGCCGAGGCUUCUUGACUCCUCCCGCGUGGAGGAGGAGGAGGGAGGAGAAGAGGAGGAGGCGGGGCUCCGAGCACCUAAACAGAAGGAGGUCCUUGCAUUGUGCUGUCAGUGGAGCUCGGAGCGCAGUCACGGAGCAGCUCCGCCGGUCCAAACAAACCCCCCAGCGGAGGAAGCAUCGCCCGUGCAGCCGUCUAUCUGCUGGCAGCAGCGGGGCUGAAGAGCUGCGGACGCGUUACCCCCCCUGGAGGCCACCGUGUCGGUGACGGACGAGGACGUGCUAUGAGCCCAUCAUCGGCGUAGACUGCACUGAGAGGACCCUCGCACCGUCACCUGCAGCCCCGAACGCCGCAGUUGCAGCCGCAGUCGCAGCCGCAGACAUGCCCGGCUUCGACUACAAGUUCCUGGAGAAGCCGAAGCGGCGCUUCCAGUGUCCGCUCUGCAGCAAGGCCAUGCGGGAGCCGGUGCAGGUCUCCACCUGUGGACACCGCUUCUGUGACACCUGUCUGCAAGAAUUCCUCAGUGAGGGCGUCUUCAAGUGUCCUGAGGAUCAACUCCCGUUAGACUAUGCCAAGAUCUACCCCGACCCGGAGUUGGAGCAGCAGAUCCUGUCUUUGCCCAUCCGCUGCAUUCACAGUGAGGAGGGCUGCCGCUGGACUGGCCAGAUGAAGCAGCUGCAGGGGCACUUCUCCACCUGCGCCUUCAAUGUGAUACCGUGUCCCAACCGCUGCUCCGUCAAGCUGACGCGCCGAGACCUGCCCGACCACCUGCAGCACGACUGCCCCAAGCGCAAGGUCAAGUGCGAGUUCUGCGGCAGCGAGUUCACGGGAGAAGCUUAUGAGAACCACCAGGGCGUGUGUCCUCAGGAGAGCGUCUACUGCGAGAACAAGUGCGGGGCCAGGAUGAUGCGUCGCCUGUUGUCCCAGCACGGCAUGGCCGAGUGUCCCAAGCGCACGCAGCCCUGCAAGUACUGCGGCAAAGAGUUCGUCUUUGACACAAUCCAGAACCAUCAGUAUCACUGCCCUCGCUUUCCUGUCCAAUGCCCAAACCAGUGCGGCACCCCCAACAUCGCCCGGGAGGAUCUGGCGAACCACGUGAAGGACAACUGCGGCAGUGCUCUGGUCCUCUGUCCAUUCAAAGAUGCUGGCUGCAAACACAGGUGCCCCAAACUUGCCAUUGGCCGCCACCUUGAGGACACCACCAAGUCCCACCUGACCAUGAUGUGUAACCUGGUGAGCCGCCAGAGGCAGGAGAUUCUGGAGCUGAGGAGGGAGAUGGAGGAGCUGUCCGUCAGCCACGACGGCGUUCUCAUCUGGAAACUAAGCGACUACUCCCGGAAACUCCAGGAGGCGAAGCUUCGAAGCAACCACGAGUUCUUCAGCCCGCCCUUCUACACGCACCGCUACGGCUACAAGCUGCAGGUAUCGGCUUUCCUGAACGGCAACGGGAGCGGCGAAGGCUCCCACCUGUCCGUCUACAUCCGCGUGCUGCCGGGGGAGUACGACAACCUCUUGGAGUGGCCCUUCUCCUACAAGGUGACAUUCUCCAUCAUGGACCAGAGCGACCCGUCGCUUUCCAAACCCCAACACAUCACAGAGACCUUCAACCCCGACCCCAACUGGAAGAACUUUCAGAAGCCCUGCAGCACCCGAAACUCGCUGGACGAGAGCACCCUGGGCUUCGGGUACCCCAAGUUCAUCUCCCACGAGGAAAUCAAGAAGAGGAACUACAUCCGAGACAACUGCAUCUUCAUCAAGGCUUCUAUAGAGAUUCCCCAAAAAAUAAUGGGUUGAGAUCUGACUUUUGUUUGAUGAUGGACAAAGAUGAGUCGAAGGACAGAACUGGUUCACUUCACCUCGACAAACAUUCACCCUUUAGAUGCUCUUUUCCUUUAUAGCCUCUCCACUACAGAGCUUGAAGCGAGUCUGUUAAGCUGUGCAAGCCGACUCGGAGGACCUAGAUGGAUCACAAAAGAGAAAGUGUUUGGUCUGCAGAACCAUCACUCUCUAGUCUUUUUCUUUUUAUGUUUUUGUUAUUUGUUUGCUGAUCUUUUAUUACAAUCUGCAACAAAAAGCCUUGGAAAUCAAACAGUGCCUAGAGAGUUUUACUUUUGUUGUUAUUAUUUUUGUUUUUUUGCAGUACAGAUGUAGACUAUGGAAGAGAUAUACGAAAAUAAAAAUAGUAAGGUGCUUAGAUGCAUUUAGACUAGAAGAGAGACGCUGUUUAGAGAUUACGCGCUGUAUCGGGGUAAUCUUAGGAGGCAGCAGAUUCAAGCUCAAACCCCAACUGCCUUUAGUUUACAUGCUCACACAGUACAUUGAUCCUUUAGCAAACAUGCAGUCCCCGGUUAGUCCUACUCCCAAUAUUUUAUCCGAACACAAACAAAUCAAUGCCUUUGAGUGAUGGACGCACAGCUGGAAUAGCUGUCUGAUAAAACGCAACUUUAUAUGAAUGCUGGUAACCAUGCUGGAUAAUUUGUAAGUGGUUUAAAAAGUGAAUAGGCAGUCAGAAUAUGCUGUUAUUGUUCAUUCUAGCAGCUGUAAAUUUAUAAAACCUAACUCUGCUUUGUGCUUUUUGCUAUAAGCUAAGCUAACCAGCUAGCAAAUAUGCUAACAAUACACAUUGUUAACUUUUAAAACCUAGCUAAAAAUAACUAGCUAAAAAAAAGUAAAGGCUGCUUUUUCUUUUAAAACAUUCCCUGUUAACAUUUAACUUGCAGGUCAGUCACACAAUGAAGAGAUUUAUUUGUUUGUGAGGAGUGUCAAAAGUUGCUCAAGGGCCUCCAGAGUGCUUCACAGUCAUCCUAAAAGGCUUUAUUAAGCUUUAUGGGAGGCCGAAGGGAAGAAAAAGAUUUAGCCCCCUUUCAGGUGAGCCAAACAGACGGGCCAGUAGUUGAAGUACACGCGCAUUUACCAGUGAAGGAAAAGCCAUGUGGCCUUUUUAUACAGUAUGUCUUCUUUUGAGGGUUAUAAGGGUGAGCAGGUCACAAACACAUGCAUGUGAAACCACCUUUUACCCAAACCUGUAUUCUUGAAAUCCUGAUGACAUUUUUGUGUUUUUUUUAUUAUUAUUGUUGUUUUAAAGUUGUCAAAAAAACAGUUUUUAAGGUUUUCUUUUUUUUAUAUACUUAAAUGUAAAUUAUACUCACAGUACAUCUCUAAAGACUUAACAUCGGGGUAAAGUGUACUGUUUUACGUAGCCCGGGAUGGUGUUUCGAGGCUGACUUCUGCACAUCAUGUAGGCGUCUGGUUACCAUGGUCACCGAUGACAGUCUUCAGCGGGAUGAUGAAUGGCAGCCCUGUGUCAUCCACCUGUCUCCGUCACAGCACUAUGAGGAGUGCGGUGGACUCUGAUGAUACACUUCAUUCAUAAUGUAUGUGAAUAGUAAUGUAAAAAAAAAUGCUAAAGCACAUUCUGUCUUUUUACUAUCACACAUGGGGGAAAAGUUUCUGAUUUCUUGUCAUAAUACCAGCUGAUAUUUUACAGUGAUUGAAAGAAACAAGAAAAUGAAAAAGUUUUUUGUAAUAUUCUGUAUUUUUAAAAAUGCUUACCUGUUUUAUACAAACUCUUAUCUUUGGAGAGUCGGGGUUGACUCAGAGUUUUCAGACCUUUUUGUCUCUUGGACAUUUGGAUAAUUUGUUUGUCCGUGUGGUUUGAGUCUCGCAUAUUCUGUCUGUAUUAUUUACUCUAUAAAGUAUUUAUUUUAAGUUGCCAUCACGUGAGUUUGCCCUGAUGGUACAAAUGUUUAUUGAUUGAGUGCUUGUCAAUUUCUUAACUGAAAUAAAAUGCAUUAUAAUAUA